UCGUGGUAGGGUUUAGGGUGCGAGGAGGGCGUGCUGUUCCUGCGUGUUCCUGGGGUUUUGGAGCACGGGAGCAUCGCCAACCCUAGCGCUGCGAUGGAACAGAGCGCAUCCUCGCAGUGCUGGAGAAUCUGAGGCUGUCGAGCAAUUCGGUGCAGUGGCGGAGAAUUUCGGUUUUUCCGUGGGCUUGUUCGUAGUUGCGCUCGUGUGCUCGUCGAGAAUGCUGUGAGGAAUUUUGGAAGUCGAGAUGGCGCGUCUCGCGGGAGGCCGAGGCGGAGGAGGAGGAGGAGGAGGUCGGGGCGGGAGUAGAGGCAGAGGAGGUCGAGGUGGUCGAGGAGGUAGGGGCCAGGGGCGAAGGGGAGGUGGAAAUUCGGCAGGAGGCCGGAAGGGUGGGAAGAAUACGGGUGGAAAUUCUGGAAGUGCUGGGAAUGGUCCUCGAUUGGGGCACUCCUUGCUCAGAGCAAUUGGGGUGAAUGCGGAGCGACGGACCGAUGACUCAGAUGAUUCGGAUAAGGAGAUCGCUGGUGAUGUAUACGAGUACGAAGAAGAAGUUCCGGAAGAGGAGCGGGGGAAAAAUAAGCGGUUCGAUGAUAUUGAUAGAAUGGAGUACGAGCUGCCUUCCGAUUUCGAGGAUGAAGAGAUCGACGAGGACGAAGCUGACGGGGAAGGUGCUAGUGAAGAGGAGAGUGAUGGCGAAGCACUGCCAAGCUCGAAAGCUAAGAAGGGUAAACCCUCGAAGGAAAUCAGCCUCAACAGCGAUGAAGAUGACGAGGGUUCAGAGGAUGAAGACGAAGAUAUGGAUGAUGAUUCAGAAGAGGAAGAAGAGUUUAGAGGAGAAAAAGGACGAGAUGUCAACUCUGAUAAUUCGGAGGACGAAGACGAAGAGGAGUAUGAGCAAAGUGAAGAUGAUGACGACGACGACGAUGAGCGUCACCAGCGCUUGAUUGAGGCGGUAACAGGAAGAUCUGCUAAACCAGACAAGGCGGAAAGAUCGCGGAAGGAGCACGUGGUCACUGAAGCAUACCCGGAAUCAGAAUUCAACUUGAAUCCUAGCGGUACAAGCGCUAAUGGUAGCGCUCAAAUUUCCGUGGAGGACUUGAUGAAUCCUCUUCACGAUGCUGCGGGUUUCGGUACUCUUCGCAAGAGAAUGCAAGAGUUGCAAAGUCGGGGAGCUCCUGUGCAAGCACCGUUGCCUAAAGUUGUUCAGGAUAGGGUAGAUAGACAAGCAGGGUACAAGGAAACAAGUAGGGAUAUAAGUGGUUGGCAAAAUCUUGUCAAGAGGAAUAGGGAAGCUCCAACUCUUGUGUUCAACAAAAGGGAAGAAACGCCCGCACUUACUACCGCUACUCUUGCCUCAACUUUCAGAGCAACCACAGAUUUUGAAAAGGAAAUUAAGAGUUUACUGAAUAAGAGCAAGCUAAUGGAAGCUAAGGACAUAGAGGAGGCAGAAAAUCUUCAAUUGAAUAAGUUAACCGUCGAAGAAGUUCGGGAGCGACAAGAAAGGCUUUCCAAAAUGCGGAAUCUCUUGUUCAGACACGAAUUGAAAGCGAAGCGUGUCAGGAAAAUCAAGUCCAAGACUUUCCAUAAGCUGAAGAAUAAGACCGAAAGAUCUAAAGCCGAACAUGACAUGGCACUUGCGGAGGCAGACCCAGAAGCUGCGAAAGAAGCAGCUAUCAAACAGGAGUUUCUGAGAGCAGAGGAACGUAUGACUCUGAAACAUAAAAAUCAGUCACGCUGGGCAAAGAGAAUACUGAAACGUGGCCUAAAGGCACAAGACAACGACGGAACGAGAGACGCAAUUGCAGAUCAACUUCGAACCCAUGAACUGCUGACUAGAAAAAUCCACUCUGCAACGUUAAGCGGCAGUGAUGAUGAUCUUAGCAGUAGUGACGAAAGUAAUGAUGACGAGCCGACUGGCCUGGUUCUGGGCAAACCUAAUUCUAAGAUUUUGGCCAAGGCUAAAGUGGCUACCUUAAAAGCACUGGAAGAGGGUGAAGACGACGAGGUUCCGAAGACAGGGUUGUUUGCUAUCCCUUUCAUGGCCCGAGCAAUCGACAAGAAGAAGAAGGCUGCAGAAAUGGAGGCCAUGGCAGUUCUUGAGCAACUAGAGCAAGCUGAAGCGGACGGUGACAUCCUUGCACUUCACGAUGACUACGCCAGGCUUGAAAAUGCUGCCAAAAAGGAAACGACCGUGGGUGGAAGAAUAUCAUUUGGAGAAUCGAGAAGGCCUUUGGAAAACGAGAAGCCUGAAAGAACAGUUGCAGAGCUAAGUGAUGUCGAUGAUAGUGACGAUGAGCGGCUGGAGAGAUCAUUUGCUGGACGUGUCGACAUGGGGGAAACUGUAUUAGGAGUUCCCAGUAAGAAGAUGAAGACUGAUAGCAGCAGUAUUCAACAGACAGAUGAGCAACCUGGCGCUCGUUUUGGGCUUGAUUUCUUGACCUUUUUUAACAAGAAACCACAUUCCACAGGCGUGGAAUCUGUGGAUGUCCCUUCUAAGCAACUUGACGAAGAAGCUGGGGAGUUCAGUAAGGUCUCUGGUCCGUUGACAACAAUCGCAACUACGAUUUCUGCAUCGGUGGAAACUGCCGUGGAAAAUAUUACCCCUGCAUCGGAGUUACCGAAGGAAACUCCUGCCUUACCAUCGAGUAAAGCUAGUAAACGUAAGAAAAAAUCAAAGAAGAAGUCCACUUCAUUGCCAGUGACGACAACAGGUGUGGAGACAACAAGUGUGGUGACAAUGCAUCCACCAGUGACAGCGAAGGGACAUGAGGAGAGUUCUGUCGACAAGAUUGUUGUCGGUUUCGCCGGAAGACCCAAACAAGGUGUGAUUCUCAACGGUCACGUCGACCUGCCAAAUGGAGGGACCAAAGUCGAGGGAAAUGCGGAUAUCCCAAAUGGAACUUCGCACAAGGAAGCAGAGAAGGGCGUUGCAGCCUUGAAGCAAGUUCCGAGCUCAUUCAGUGAUGAUGACAGUGACGAAGAAAUGGAUAUGGCUAGUGACGCGAUGUCCCAGCAAGCACUUAUCAGGCAGGCUUUUGCAGGAGAUGACGUAGAAGCAGAGUUUGAGCAAUUGAAAGCUCAAGCUCUUGAUGUAGAGGUACCUCAAGGUGAAGCCCCCGUGACUCUGCCUGGAUGGGGCCAAUGGUCACAUGUGCAAAAGAAAAGGGGUCCACCUGCGUGGAUGCUCAAGGAGCAAGAGAAACUUCAAAAGUCUAGAGAGGAUGCAUUAAGCAAGAGGAAGGAUGCCAAGUUGAAGCAUGUCGUUAUCAGUGAAAGGAUGGACAAGAAGGCUUCGAAGUUUAGCUCCGCGGGCGUCCCUUUUCCGUUCAAGUCAAGAGAGAUUUAUGAACGGAGUGUAAGGAUGCCUAUUGGACGGGAAUAUAAUACGGACAAGGCUUACCGAAAUAUGAUCCGUCCUGCUGUUAUUAAAAGUGCCGGUCAGAUCAUCGACCCGAUAAAGCGUGAUCAUCAUCAUAAAGAAGAAGCUUCGACACGUCAACCUAAACGAAAACGAGGAAGAAAAUAGAGUGCAGUUACCACUGCAGCUGAACGUAGAGUAGGAAAUUAGACAAAGCAGGGGAGCCAUGGCUGGUUGAGAUUCAAGGUUUCCUUAAGGGAUAUUUUCGAAGUUUUGGCAUUUUUACAUCGGAAAUGCUCUUGAAACUGGCCUUGCCGGGCGUAUUGGUUGGGGUCUUACAAUUGUGCCUUCGAAGUCAUUUGGCCACCUAUACUAAGUAAGAAUUUUUUCUGUUCACGGUAUGUACAAACGCGUCAUUGACUUCCGAACCUUGGGAUGUUAGGGGUGUGGUUACUUGAGCGUUUUACAGAGCACCGAAACCCUAGAGUUAUUAGCGUGCAGUUGCUGGCCGUGAAGCCCCAUACCUUGGGCUACUUCCAAGUCCGAUGCGUCUGCAGUAUAUUCAUAUCUGUACGUACCCACCCGAGUUAUUGUUCCUGUCUCCAUCACGGAGUGUUAUAUUUACACAGGUCUGCUGUUUGUCGCAUCAUUUUCUCGUCGAAUCUGCGAAAACAUUCAACACCCAUAUGCUGCUUGUGUUGGAGAGGUGCGAUACUUUUGGUCGUUGUCCACAGCACUAGAAAGAUAGUUAAUGUGUCAUUCUCAGCUUACUAGGGAUAUUCUACCCGGUUUGCAGAAAGUUCAUGUACUUGACAUAUGAAACGACGGAAGGGAGUAAAUAUGCAUAUUGGUAUCUGUCGUUGUUCAAGAAGAUAUUUUCCCCGGCCUUUUUGUGGAUCCAAAUCAAGCAAGAAAUUUGCUACAAUUUGUAAGUUCAAUUUCUGACAGUGCUCCCGCUCAAUAGAUAACCCGA